AUGCCGUCCGAGACGUACGCCGUGGGCGAGAUCGCGCUCGCGACGAUGCAGGGCAAGGCGUGGGAGGCGCGCGUGUUGGACACGCGAGGCGAGCCGCCGGAGUAUCUCGUGCACUACCAGGGGUGGAACAAGAAAUGGGACGAGUGGCUCGACACGACGCGGAUGCGCAAGAAGGCGACGGCGACCGACGCGAAGAAGGGCGACGCGAAGAAGACGGCGAGGGACGUUCCCGCGGGGGGCGACGGCGGGAAGCCCGCGAAGAAGGUCAAGAAGGAGAGCGCGGGAGGCGCGGGCGUCGUCGCGAGCGAGGGCGCCAAAAGAUCGUCGGGCGCGACCGAGAAGACGUCCGCGAAGACGACGACGAAGAAGACGAAGACGAAAGCCGCCGCGCCCGCGACGCCGCCCGCGCCUCCGCCGCCGCCGGUGAACCCCGACGACGUGCGCCUGCACGUCAACCUCUCCACCGCGCUCAAGCGCGAGCUCAUCGGCGCGUGGGAGAAGAUCACCCGCGAGGGGAAGCGGCAUCGACUCCCGAAGAGCGUCACCGUGUCCGACGUCGUCGCUCGGUACGAAGCCGACGCGAGAGCGCGCGCGCGGUCGCCGGAGCAGGGCGAGCUCGUCUCCGAGGUGUGCGCGGGCAUCAAGGCGUACUUCGACCGCGCGCUGCAUUCCGUGUUGCUGUACAAGGAAGAGCGCGAGGUCGCGGCGACGCUGUGCGCGGAUCCGUCGCGCGACGACGAAAUCGAAACCGAAACGAAAACCAAAACGUCGUCGGCGCCGCUGCCGCCGCCGAGCGACGUGUACGGCGCGGAACACCUCCUACGGCUGUUCGUCAAGCUCCCGGACUUGCUCCCGGUGUGCGACAUGGACGCGGUGGCGGUUCGAGAGGUCCAGGUGAAGCUCACGGAGUUUUUGCGGUGGGCGCAGCGCAACGCGAGCGCGCUGUUCGUAUCUUCGGAGUGGGAGGACGGAGAAGCCGGCGGCGGCGGCGGCGGCGGCGGCGGCGGCGCGGGGGGGGCGACGGCGGCGGCGACCGAGACGGCUACCGCCGCGGUCGAGGGGAAGGAGGACGACGCGGAGGAGAAAGAGACGCGCACGGAGAGAGAGGCCGUCGCCGUCGCCGCGCCCGCGGCGGAGGUUGUCGCCGCGUGA